GGCGAGAUCUGUUCUGCGGACGCGUUUCUGACUUCAACAUGACGAUUUGCGCUAUUUUCGGCUGCAGAACAAGAAGUGGAGCUUGUUCUGCUAAAGACAAGGCACAGCCAAGCCUUAGAAUGUUUAGUUUGCCAGCAAUUAUCACAAAUCAGUGCGCACGAACACGGCUGUUGUCCGAAAAGCGCCGGAACGCUUGGCUCGCGCGCAUUCACAGAGAAGACUUGAAAAACGAGAAAUACGUCCGUGUCUGCAGUCUUCACUUCAUCACAGGCAAACCUGCAAAUUUAAUGGAUGACACAAACCCCGACUGGGCACCGAGUCUACGACUGGGCCACGGCCGUUAUGACCGGACUACUGCCGCAGCAACCGUGCGUUUUCACCGCCGUGAACAGCGACGGAAAAGCAAGCUGGAUGCUGUCGCAGCGAGCAGACCGCCCACGGAGUCUGCAACAUCGCUCGUGCUGCCUGCCAUGGACACAGAACCAGAGCGCGAUGAGCCCUCUCCAGUAGGCCCCAUUCUGGAGUCCAAAUCGGAAGUUGAAGUGCAAACCGACCUCACGUGCCAAGAUCUUCAGGCGCUCCAAGAGGACUACCAGAAAGUAACCAGCGAGUUGGCCACUUUGAAAAGCCAGAAACAGUCUGCAGUAAUGUCAGAGGUAUCCCUUCGUGAACAGCCCGAGAAGGUGGCCUUUUACACAGGACUUCCGAAUCUUGCGGUCCUUCUGUCAGUGUUCAACCUUGUGCAGGUGUUUGUGAAGCACACACCGCAGAACUCACUGGGAAAGUUCGAGGAAUUUUUGGUGUUCCUGAUGAAGCUGAGGUUGAAUCUGCCAUUCCAAGACCUUGCUUACCGUUUCAGUGUGUCUGAAUCAACUGCAAGUCGAAUAUUCGACAAAUGGCUGCAUGUUGCAUUUGCUAGACUUCAGCCCCUAAUAGCAUGGCCCUCAAGGCAUGCUAUAAAGAGGACAAUGCCACAGGCCUUUUUCGAUUCUUUCGGAGAAAAGGUAGCUGUAGUACUCGAUUGCUUCGAGAUCAAACUUGAGCGGCCGUCAUCUCUAAAGCCAAGGAGUGAGACUUGGUCUCAGUACAAGUGCAGUAACACAGCCAAGUACCUAAUAGGAAUAUGCCCCCAGGGGGUGAUCACUUUUAUUUCUGAGGGCUGGGGAGGAAGGACCCCUGACAAGCACAUUACCGAAUUCAGUGGUAUUCUUGACCAUUUGUCACAAGGGGACGUGGUGUUGGCUGAUCGAGGCUUUAACAUUGCGGACACUGUAGGUCUGUACUGUGCAAGGCUGCACAUUCCUGCAUUCACAAAGGGCAAAAGGCAACUCUCGGCAGUAGAUGUAGAGACAACAAGGAAACUUGCCAAUGUUAGAAUACAUAUUGAAAGGGUAAUCGGCCUGGUUAGGAACAAGUAUGUUAUAAUGAAGUCAGUCCUGCCACUAGAGUAUGCGACUCGCAAAGCGGGACACCAGUUCACUCCACUCGACAAGAUUGCUGUUGUGUGCUGUGCACUGACUAAUUUCUGCCAGUCUGUCGUUCCUCCUAAUCCAAAAUCAUGUGGCUAAGUUUGCAACACAUACGUGUUAGUUUGCAGAUGGCAGUAUUUGCAUGCAUUCAUUGAAGUGUGUCCGUAAUUCUGGCCGUUUUGACUGCACGCAGAAAAUAUUUCUUCAUCUUUACUUGCACACUGUUUAAUUACAUAAAAAUGUGCAGAAGAAAUUAGAAUUCCAAAUGACAUCACUUUCGAAUCCUUUGAUGUGCGUCACAUGACGUGAGUGAUAAAAACAAAUGUAGUUGAAGCCACAACCUAAUAAUGACAGUUCAGAGACUAGUGUGAUGUUUUUAUUCUUUCUUCAAACACUUCAAUUGCAUUUCGCUGGCAGUACAUACUUCAUGUAUAAAUUAAACGAAGUGCGCAUUAAAAGCCGAUAUUUUUUGCAGUUGUCUGACAAAUGAACUAGCAGUCCAAUUAUGCACUCUCCCCCUCUGUUGAAGUUGCCGUGGAGCUGGCGUGUUCUUUUGCUGGCUUGCGUGACGCGCGGCACGCAUUUUUUUUGUGUGACACAGAGUUUUAUCCUGUAUAUUUGAUGCUUUCAUUGUGCAUUAAACGUUUUCUUGCUUUUUGUAUGCCUUGUUAUUUUGCUUUCAUCAUCAUUUUUUCUGUCAUACCAGAGAUCAUUUUUCUCUAAUCUCUCAUACUUUACACAUGCUACAAGCUUGUGUGAUACACAAAGUAAUAUG